AUGUUUGCUGCUUUCUCCACUGUCCCUGGUGGCAACAACAAUGACACUGGUAUUCCCAUAUUCCUUCAAUCAAGGGCCUUCAUCGUUUUUGCCAUAUCCGAUGCUGUUUCGCUCAUCUCCUCCGCAGCUUCCAUCUUGAGCUUUCUGUCCGUUCUCACGUCGCGCUAUGCCGAAGGAGAUUUCCUCCAUUCGUUACCCAACAGAUUGAUCGUAGGGCUUGCAACUCUAUUCAUCUCCAUAACUGCCAUGAUGAUCACAUUCGUUGCCACAGUAUUUAUUGUUCUUGGCUCCGAAUUUCAUGGCAUAAAAGUCCCAAUUGCUUUGGUUGCUGGCGUCCCAGUUGGUUUCUAUGCCUUGCUACAAUUUCCCCUUCUUGCAGAUAUGAUCAAUCAUGCUUACAUUUCAAGAGUAUCUUUUCGUCCUUGCAACCACCUUUUGCACUAG